AUGUUUGGAGGGGGCGGCUGGAAAGGCUUUGGGGAGUACCUUGAGGCCAAAUCACGCAAACUUCACCAGCAGCUUCGCGCAUCCCUUGCCUCAGGUGUCCAUGAAAGCAGCAACACUGGCAGCAGCAACACUAACAGCAGCAUUUCUUGGUGGAAUAAGUAUACGAAUUCGAGGAGUUGUUUGUUUUCCUCGCUGACUUUCUUCGUCGACGGUCUGCAACGACUGGAGGGCUCUGAAUUGGUGUCAACGGGCUAUCCGAAUGCCACUGAAAAGACAGCUUUCGCAUGCUCCUCGGAGGCUGUCGUCGGCCAUACGCCUCUCCGCGAGGCUGUGAUUGAGGCUGUACAGCUGAAGCGGUGUCUGGUAGCUCAAGGGGGGAAAAUUUCGCUCGCUUUGGGGAAGGGUGUAACGCAUGUUCUCGCGGAUAAUGUCGCGCUUGGCAAUCAGAGGUGGAGGAAGCUUCGAGACAGAGGGGGCUCAGCGAGGCACUAUGUGGUAGUUCGUUGCAGCUGGGUGUUUGCCUCCAUCGACGCAGGUUGCCUGCUUCCACCAAGUCACUUUAUGCCUCGCAGUCUUCAGUUGACACAUCGCAGUCCCUUGUCUAGGCUGCCAACUUCUCGCAAGGAGCUCAUCACAGCGCCUUCCUGCAACAAGAUUUCAGAAAGCCUUUCUUCUGCUGAAAAAAAUCAUGCGGCUGCGCAAGAGGCAGCCACUCUCUCGACAGCGGCAGCAACACUGGCCCCCCGCGUCUUUAAGCGGCAGAGAGAGGCUCAAGAGGAGUUGCAGGAAGCACAAGCUGCCGCAUUAGCAUCAUCAUCCGCAUUAGCAUCAUCAUCCGCAUUAGCAUCAUCAUCAUCAUCAUCCGCAUUAGCAUCAUCAUCAUCAUCAUCUUCAUCAUCAUCUUCAUCAUCAUCAUCAUCAUCAUCAUCAUCAUCUUCAUCUUCAUCUUCAUCAUCAUCAUCAUCAUCAUCAUCAUCAUCAUCGACAGCACCAUUUGCACCCUUAGCAUCAUCAUCGGCAGCGACGCCAACAGGGCGGGAAGGGAAGUGCAGCAUUGUCGAUUGCAGGCACCCCAAUUUUGUUGCUUCCUUCUUCGAGCACUCGCGGCUUCAUUUUAUUGGAUCCUGGCAGAGCCGCUGUGCUUCCAUGCUGUCUCGCCUCCUAAGUACCAGCAGCAGCAGCAACGGUGAGCAGCAGCAGCGGCACAAGUCUUUUUUCCAGUACGUGGACGUGUCAGCAACGAGCAACGCGCUGCAGCCUCUGGUGCUGCCGCUAGAUUUGACGCUGCCUCACGACAGCGAUUUCGUUGCUGCAGCUGCUGCUGCUAGUGCCAGUAAUGGUGCUGGUGGGGGGUGGUUUUGCUGUGCGUCUCGGCUGAUGAAGGCCUCUCCACUCUCAGUAACAACAGCGCCUUCUAGAGAAUGUGUGGCAGGAGCAGCAGCGGGUACAGGGCGCUGGAUGCUGCACAUCGACUUCGAUGCCUUUUUCGUGUCGGUGGCACUUCUUAAGCAGCCUCACCUGAAGGACAAGCCGGUAGCAGUAUGUCACUCAAGAGGAAGACAAGUUUCUUUGCAUCCUUUACCCCCCGUUUGUGUGCAUGUGCGCCACUCAGAGCCAGGAGCAGCAAGGGGCAGUCCACCUCGAGGCGGGAGCACCUCAGAGAUAGCGAGCUGCAAUUACCCUGCUCGGAUGCAAGGGGUGAAGAAGGGCAUGUGGCUGCGUUCUGCCUUCGCCCUCUGCCCGUCUCUUAAGUUGCUGCCUUACGACUUUGACGGCAUCGAGAACGCCAGUGAAGGCCUUUUCAGGGUUGCUCUCUCGCUUUCGCACAGGCUUAUCCCGCUUUCCUGUGACGAGACAUUUCUUCAAAUUUCUUUCCCACUCGUCCUCCAAACGCAGCAUGACGACAAUCUGAUCCCGCAGGAAAGCAGCGGCUCGAGCGGCAGUCAAGGCAGCACUGCGGAAACGGAGGCGGAGAAGGUGGCUGCUAUAUGCGUAGCCUUGAGGAGGAUCGUUCUGAAGAUGACGGGGUGCAGCGUCUCUGUAGGAGCUGGUAGCAACUGCCUGCUGGCGAGGCUUGCAACGGCAGCGGCGAAACCUUCUGGCGUGUCUGAUUCAGCGGCAGAAGGACGCCCUCUCUCCUUGUCAUCAGAAGAAGCUGUGCUGCGGCGAGAGGGAGUCUGCGUGGUCAAGGCAGGCGCUGCCUCUGCCGCUGCGUUUGUCGGACCGCUGCUGCUGCGGCAGCUUCCUGGCGUAGGACUUAGCAUGAUUGCCAAAAUCAACGCUGCACAGGAGGCGGCAACUCCAAAAGCGGCACCGCUGACGUGCAGAGCCGUGCAAAUGAAGGGCAAAGAAAUGCUGCAUCUGCUGCAACGCGCGCUGGGGCAGCGGAGGGGAACGCAGCUCUGGUGGAUGUGUCAUGGCGUUGACGUGAGACCUCUACCGCCUUCGCUUCCUGGAUGUGAUGGCGAUAUCGCCUCCUUUCCAGGAGCAGCUGCAAUACCAACUGGCGGCAUCCCUGCAAGUGGAUCCUUGAGUUUGUCGGUGAACUGGGGUGUGCGGCUGAAAACGGAAGCUGACCUGUUCAAUCUCCUGUACCAGCUGGCUCUAGAAGCGCACAAGCGACUAAAGAAGAGUGGCCUUUACACGACCAAGAUAUCCGUCAAGCUGCUCUACAGGCAACCGGGAGCCUCCUUUAAGACGACAAAAUUCUUAGGCUGCGGAGUCUGCGACGCUGUUCGUGCGUCGCGAGUUGUUGGCGGAGUCACCAGCAACACGCAUAGAAGGGCAUGCGUCGUCCCUGGCAUUCAAGUGGCAGAAGCGUUGAGUGAGGAGCUCAAAGCACUAUGGAGAGACAGUUUAAAUGGUGUAUGUCCUUUGGAGGACUAUCGCGGAAUCACGUUGGUUCUGCAACAGCUGCGAACAGAGCAGCAGGAGGAGACCUUGCGGAAGCAGCAGCAAAGAAUGCAGCGCAAUCUGCAUGGCCAAUCCUCAACAGGUGGAGAUUUGUCUGCGCCUGCGUCUCUCCUCGCAGUUUCGGCCGUAGCAGCGGGUGCUUCAGCGCUUGCUUCCAAAGCUGGGAAAUCGCCACACGCUUUCAGACCGAUGCAGGCUGCGCAGACACGCCUCCCACCUUCAGACGCACAACUGCCUCGAGUGCGGCAGCGGGAGGAUGUAGAUACACCGGACAGCAAAGUAGUGACACCGCUGCUGAGGAACCCUGGGCAGGGUGCCAUGGAAGCAGGGCGCAGCGUUAGACAGCCGUGCUCACCAGCAAGCAGGAGCGUCAAACGAAGUGCCAAGGGAAGUCGAAUACGCCGAUAUAAAGGCGGCGUUGCAACUGCCGCUGCGAGGUCACCUGACGUUGUUAGUGCUGCUGGCACCCCUACUCUUGCUCAGAGGAGGCGCUUAAAGGAAUGCCCUCCGGGGAUAAGAAAAGGCUGUGUCUUGCAAACAACACCAAACGAGCGCGAGCAGACGAAACAGGCUGUCCCUACUGCUGCUGACGGUGCUACUGCCCUGCCCGUGACUGUAAUCUCGCUACUAACGCAGCACCCAUGCAACAGCACACACAGUUGCAGCGUGCCUCUCUCCAGUGCCACAUCGCCCGUACAGGGGCAGAAUCCACACGCUGAAGAAGGCCCCUGUGCCCUUGGUCACAACAAUUGCUGCUGUCGUCUAGAGGCGUGUGUCGCGAAGUGCGUGUCGCUUCUUUCCCCCACCUCGAACCCACCACCACGUCGCCCCUUGGCUCUGCGGAUUGCCUUCGCCGCACAACUUGUGCUCAAAAUGCUGCUUAGGCACGCUGCUGCAGCAGGCGCUGGCACCGCUAGGCGCUUGGGGGCAACCGCGUCUGUUCGCACUGCAGUAGCGAUCCGCAUUGCUGCUGCAGGGGCUGGAAGGGGCUCGUGCCUCCUCCCACACGCCUGCGGAGCCACCCAUGAGCAACAAGCAGCUGCCUCCGCUGCAGCAGCUCCUCAGGCGACCCCUUUCGAAGGAGUUCUUUCUGAGACCCCCUUCGCAGAGGCGCGUCUCCGCACGAGCGAUUCUGAACAUGCGGGUAGUGGUGAUGCAGCUGCCAGUGGUGGUGAUGCAGUUGCCAGUGGUGGUGAUGCAACAGAGGGGCCUUCAUCUCCUAGCGUGCCCGCAUUGCAGGAAGGGGGUAUGGGGUUUUCAAAGGGUUUCCCUGCUCUUGAGGAGUCUCUCAAGAGUGAGGCAGAGGGGCUCUACUGGGAUUGUGUGACGGAGACUUUGGAGGCCUUUGGCGCAGCCCUACAGGGAGUUGUCGAUCACCUUGCUGCAACAGGAGCACUGGAAGAGCGGCAAUUGUUGCUGCGGACCCUUUUGAGGACGCUGCAAUCUGCUGAGUCACGCACUGCACAGGCAGCAGCCGCAGCUGAUGAGGAGAAAGGCCCCCACGAAGACUCAUCUCCAGUCUCUCUCGCGUUCUUGCUAUUGCAGCUUCUUGCUUGUCCAGCAGGCCGCCUUGUGUGGCCGCUGCUGCUGCGUUGUGCACAGGCUGCAGCGUAA